CGCGUGAUUUGAUUCAACGCUAUUUGACAGAACAUCCCGACCCUAACAACGAGAAUAUUGUCGGCUAUAAUAACAAGAAGUGUUGGCCAAGAGAUGCUCGCAUGAGACUCAUGAAACACGACGUGAAUUUAGGCCGCGCCGUCUUCUGGGACAUUAAGAAUCGUUUGCCGCGUUCUGUGACUACCAUUCAAUGGGAGAACAGUUUUGUCUGCGUUUACAGUAAAGACAAUCCCAACUUAUUGUUCAAUAUGUGUGGCUUCGAGUGCAGAAUUUUGCCCAAAUGUCGAAUGACUCACGAAGAGUUCACACACAAGGAUGGCGUCUGGAAUCUGCAGAACGAAGUGACCAAAGAGAGAACCGCUCAAUGCUUUCUUCGAGUGGACGACGAGUCUAUGGGACGCUUUCACAACAGAGUUCGACAGAUCCUUAUGGCCUCGGGUUCGACCACUUUUACCAAAAUUGUCAACAAAUGGAACACAGCUUUGAUUGGUUUAAUGACUUAUUAUCGCGAGGCUGUGGUCAACACUCAAGAACUGUUGGAUCUAUUGGUGAAAUGCGAGAACAAAAUUCAGACUCGAAUUAAAAUUGGUCUUAACUCUAAAAUGCCGUCUCGUUUCCCACCCGUUGUCUUCUAUACGCCCAAAGAGUUGGGCGGUUUGGGAAUGUUAUCCAUGGGUCACGUGUUGAUCCCUCAGUCAGAUCUUCGGUGGUCUAAGCAAACAGACGUUGGAAUAACACAUUUCCGGUCGGGUAUGUCUCACGAUGAGGAUCAGGUGAUCCCCAAUUUGUACCGAUAUAUCCAGCCCUGGGAAACGGAAUUCAUUGACUCGCAGAGAGUUUGGGCUGAAUAUGCUCUCAAACGACAGGAAGCGUUGGCUCAGAACCGAAGACUCACAUUAGAAGACUUGGAGGACAGUUGGGAUCGAGGAAUACCUCGAAUAAACACACUCUUCCAGAAAGAUCGACACACUUUGGCUUACGAUAAGGGAUGGCGAGUGAGAACUGACUUCAAACAGUAUCAGGUGUUGAAACAGAACCCGUUUUGGUGGACACAUCAGCGACACGACGGAAAACUCUGGAAUCUAAACAAUUACAGAACAGAUAUGAUUCAAGCGUUGGGAGGCGUUGAGGGUAUUCUCGAACACACGCUGUUUAAGGGCACGUAUUUCCCCACAUGGGAGGGACUCUUCUGGGAAAAGGCCAGCGGUUUUGAAGAGUCGAUGAAGUAUAAGAAGUUGACAAACGCUCAGCGAUCGGGUUUGAAUCAAAUCCCUAACCGUCGGUUCACGCUGUGGUGGUCGCCCACUAUCAAUAGGGCCAACGUUUACGUGGGCUUUCAAGUGCAGCUCGACUUGACGGGCAUUUUCAUGCACGGAAAGAUUCCCACUCUCAAGAUAUCGUUGAUUCAGAUAUUUAGGGCUCACUUGUGGCAGAAGAUCCACGAAAGCGUUGUCAUGGAUUUGUGUCAAGUGUUCGAUCAGGAGUUGGAUGCGCUGGAAAUCGAAACGGUUCAGAAGGAGACAAUACAUCCCCGAAAGUCAUACAAAAUGAACAGCUCUUGUGCCGAUAUAUUGCUAUUCGCCGCUUACAAGUGGAAUGUCUCGCGACCAUCACUUCUGGCCGACUCCAAGGAUGUGAUGGACGGCACGACUACUCAGAAAUACUGGAUUGACGUACAGUUACGUUGGGGUGAUUACGACUCGCACGACGUCGAGCGCUACGCCAGAGCCAAGUUUCUCGACUACACCACUGACAACAUGAGUAUAUACCCAUCGCCUACCGGUGUGUUGAUAGGCAUAGACUUGGCAUACAAUCUGCACUCCGCGUACGGCAAUUGGUUUCCCGGCGCUAAGCCUUUGAUACAACAGGCGAUGGCGAAGAUUAUGAAAGCAAAUCCCGCUCUUUAUGUGCUGAGAGAACGUAUUAGAAAAGGUCUUCAAUUGUACUCUUCAGAGCCCACCGAACCCUAUCUCUCGUCUCAAAAUUACGGCGAAUUGUUCUCCAAUCAAAUCAUUUGGUUCGUCGACGACACUAACGUAUAUCGAGUCACUAUUCAUAAGACAUUUGAGGGCAAUCUGACCACAAAACCCAUCAAUGGCGCCAUUUUUAUAUUCAAUCCCAGAACUGGACAGUUGUUCCUUAAGAUAAUCCACACGAGUGUGUGGGCCGGACAGAAACGGUUGGGACAAUUGGCCAAAUGGAAGACCGCCGAAGAAGUGGCCGCUUUGAUUAGAUCACUGCCCGUCGAAGAACAGCCCAAACAAAUCAUUGUCACCCGAAAGGGAAUGUUAGACCCCUUAGAGGUCCAUUUACUCGAUUUCCCGAAUAUUGUCAUCAAAGGCAGUGAACUUCAGCUGCCAUUCCAGGCAUGUCUUAAAGUGGAGAAAUUUGGUGAUCUUAUUCUGAAGGCCACUGAACCGCAAAUGGUUUUAUUCAAUCUGUACGACGAUUGGCUUAAAACCAUCUCUUCUUACACCGCAUUCUCGAGACUUAUUCUCAUAUUAAGAGCUCUUCACGUGAAUAAUGAAAGAACAAAAGUAGUGCUAAAACCGGACAAAACAACGAUUACAGAACCGCAUCACAUAUGGCCCACACUUACCGAUGAGGAAUGGAUUAAAGUGGAGGUUCAGCUCAAAGACCUGAUUCUCGCCGAUUACGGCAAAAAGAAUAACGUGAACGUGGCUUCGCUCACACAGUCUGAGAUCAGAGACAUAAUCCUGGGAAUGGAGAUCUCCGCGCCGUCCGCACAGAGACAACAGAUCGCAGAAAUUGAGAAACAGACUAAAGAACAGUCGCAACUCACGGCCACCACAACCCGUACUGUCAACAAACACGGCGACGAAAUCAUCACUUCCACGACCAGUAAUUACGAGACCCAGACCUUCGCCUCGAAGACCGAGUGGAGAAUUCGGGCCAUUUCUGCCACUAAUCUUCAUUUGAGAACAAAUCACAUUUACGUCUCGUCCGAUGACAUCAAAGAAACUGGUUUUACGUAUAUUUUGCCCAAAAAUGUACUCAAAAAGUUCAUAAUUAUAUCAGACUUAAGGACACAAAUUGCCGGCUAUUUGUUUGGCGUGAGUCCUGCGGACAACCCUCAGGUCAAAGAGAUCAGGUGUAUAGUAAUGCCCCCGCAAUGGGGUACUCAUCAAACCGUUCAUUUGCCUAAUGUUUUGCCACAACACGAAUAUCUCAAUGAUUUGGAACCGUUGGGUUGGAUUCACACACAACCCAACGAAUUGCCACAACUCUCGCCGCAAGACAUCACAGCCCACGCGAAGAUGAUGGCAGACAACAGCACUUGGGAUGCGGACAAAACUAUUGUCAUUACAUGCAGUUUCACUCCCGGCUCGUGCUCUCUCACAGCCUAUAAACUGACGCCCGGAGGCUAUGAGUGGGGCCGACAGAACACCGAUCGCGGCAAUAAUCCUAAGGGAUAUCUGCCCUCACAUUACGAAAGGGUGCAAAUGCUUUUGUCCGACCGUUUCCUCGGCUUCUAUAUGGUUCCCGCACAGGGCUCUUGGAAUUACAACUUUAUGGGUGUUCGUCACGACUCAUCCAUGAAAUACGAACUCCAGUUAUCGAAUCCCAAAGAGUUUUAUCACGAGAACCACAGAAUCGCUCACUUCUCUAACUUCAGUAAUUUAGAGGAUUCCGAAUACGCCGGCGCUGACAGAGAAGACCACUUCUCGUAAACACAUUAUUAUUAUUAUUAACUUGUAUUUUAUGAUUAUUUUGUCACUUGAUUUCAUGUAAAACAAUCAUUUAUUUCUUGAUUCUAUGAUUCAAUAAAUUAUUUUCCUUGUAAUCAAAAAUA